AUGAAUAGCACCACGUUUGACAAUGUACUGCAUGCCAAGUCGUACCGACUAAGCCUCGAUGACAUCCAAAAUUUGGGAUCCCUGUACUUUUUCGAGAACAACAGAAAGAUCGACAAGUAUAAUGAGGAGAUCAACCUGCUCAAGCAACAACUCAACUACCUUAAUGAAAAAAUGGGAAAAUGUGGAUACGUGCACAAGGUUAUCGAGCCUGCGAAGCCCUCAGAGUUGACGUUCUGGUGCUACGAACUGAAAGAAAUGAAGGAAUUCCAAGACCUGGUGAUGUACGAAAUAAAGAAGAAAAAAAAGCACUUCAAAAUUCUGAGCCAAAGCUGCGUGAAGUAUUUGUGUAAUCGUGAAAAAAUAAAACAAAAGAAACUAGAAGAGGAGGAGAAGCGACUAAAGACUCACUCUAAACAUAUCUCAUCCUACAUGGAUAUUUUUUGGAAAAAAAUUGAGAAAUUAGUUUGGGAGGAGAAAAAAAGGGAGUUACAGAAAACGCUAAAUAAAAAAAAGGAAAUGAGAUUUAAAAGAUUCGUAAAGGAGGCAAUCAAAAAAAUUAAACGAGCUAGACAAGACAAUGUGCACGAGCUGUUCGUCAAUAGACACGCCAGUAUAAGCUCGUGCAACCCUAGUGAGAACGUUACGUUUUCUUCGCACCAGGGCCCCAUGGGGGGCAGCAACGACCAGGGCAGCAACGACCAGGGCAGUAACGACCAGGGCAGUAACGACCAGGGCAGUAACGACCAGGGCAGUAACGACCAGGGCAGCAACGACCGGAGUAGCAUUUGCAGCAGCAAACGGGUCAGCAGGUUAAGCAGCGAAGGGGUGAGCAGACGAAGCAGCAGACGAAGCAGCAGACGGAGCAGCAAACGAGUGAGCGCGGGCAACUUGGAACUGAGCAACGUGGGAAGCACCGCGCGAAGCAGCGAGAACAACACCGAGGGAGGUGGCGGCGAGGACAACACGGAGGGCGGCGGCGUUCACAAGACCGAGGGCGGCGGCGUGCACAACUUGGCUGACGAUGAGCUAAAGGAGGAGGACCUGACCAACCAAGAAGAAGAAGACGUUCUGUUGGACGAGGAAAUGGAGUCAAGCGACGAGUCGGAAGAAAAGGGGAAGGAAAUCAGCCUCCUGGAUGACGAGGCCAGCAUGCCCAUUGAGGAGCUGCUCAAAAGGAUUUACGGCUUUAAGAGCGGCGAGGAGUACCUGGACUUGAUGCGCGAGGGAGAGGCAGAUGAGGAGGACGCGGUAGAGGAGAAAGAGGCAGAUGAGGAGGACGCGGUAGAGGAGAAAGAGGCAGCAGAGGAGAACGCAGCAGAGGAGAGCGCAGCAGAUGCGGGGGAACCAGGCGACCUCGACCGCGAACGGGGCGGGGCGAAGGCGAACGAGAAGAAAAGAAAGUUCGGAGAAGCGGAGGAGGCAGCCACGCCGGCCGAAGGAAACGUGACGAAGGAGCGCGACUCGUGCAUCGAACGGAGGAGGAAGCGGAGGAGGAAGAAGAAAAAGAGGAGGAAAAGUCACAGCGGUAGGGAUAGCCACAUUGGCACCGAUAGGGAUAACGGAGGGGAGCAAAGCGACUCUUCCCUGUCUAGCACCUCCAACGAAGACAUGAUGGUCUGCAAUAUGGAAGAAAAACACCUAACGAAAAUACCGCCAUUUAUAAAGGCAACACUGAGGGACUACCAACACGCAGGGUUACACUGGUUACUCUAUCUGUACAAAAAUAAUAUUAAUGGAAUUCUGGCAGACGAAAUGGGGUUGGGGAAAACGUUGCAGUGUAUUUCGCUUUUGAGUUACCUGGCCUACCACUUCGAUAUAUGGGGCCCACAUCUGAUAAUAGUACCAACUUCAAUCCUAAUAAAUUGGGAAAUAGAAUUAAAGAGAUUUUCUCCAUGCUUCAAAAUACUGUCCUAUUUUGGAAGCCAAAAUGAAAGAUACAAAAAGAGAGUCGGUUGGUUCAACAAGGACUCUUUCCAUGUGUGCAUAUCUAGUUACUCAACCAUUGUAAAGGAUCACAUAAUUUUUAAAAGAAAGAGAUGGAAAUAUAUUAUCUUGGAUGAAGCUCACAAUAUAAAAAAUUUUAACACAAAGAGAUGGAACAUCAUUUUGAGUUUGAAGAGAGAAAAUUGUUUGCUAGUGACAGGUACUCCUUUACAGAACAGCUUGGAAGAGCUGUGGUCUCUUCUCCAUUUCCUCAUGCCAAAUAUUUUUACAUCCCAUUUGGAUUUCAAGGAAUGGUUUUCGGAUCCUCUGAACUUAGCUAUACAGAAAAGCAAAAUAAACGACUCUAGAGAGCUCAUCGAUCGUUUGCAUACAGUCAUAAGGCCAUAUAUUUUGAGGAGAUUAAAAAAGAACGUAGAAAAAGAAAUGCCUAACAAGUAUGAGCAUAUAAUUAAAUGUAAGUUAACCAGGAGACAACAAGUACUUUAUGAUGAGUUUAUUCAAAACAAACAAGUACAAAGUACACUAAGUAGUGGUAACUACAUUGGGUUGAUGAACAUCCUGAUUCAGCUACGAAAGGUUUGCAACCACUGUGAUUUGUUUACAAAUAAACAUAUUCAGACUCCAUAUUAUUAUUUACUUCCUAUCUCUUUUUAUAUUCCUCGUUUUUGUAUCCUCUUUGAGAAGACCUACCAUCUUGAUUUUUACAUGAUUUUAUUUCUCCACAAGGAGUUCACAUCCCUCGGGGGGGUACCUCAUCACCGUCAAUCGAAUGGAAAGAAUAUACCAAAUGGGGAUAGUACUGAUAGGAGUAGAAACAGUUUUGUGACUGCCCUUCCAACGGAUUACUCGCUAAAGAGUUUCUCCCAUCGUUUUGCUAUCCCCCCGGGGGGAACAAACAACGGAUGUGCUAGAAGUGAUUCCAUCCACAACGGGAUUAAUGUCAUCCCUUUGCAGUCUUUCCCAAAGGGGGAAGCGUUACCACUCCGUUCUAUCCCUAGGGAGGAUACUCUCGACACACCUCAGCUGGGGCAAACCGUGGGAAGUCUUCAUGACGAGAUAGCAAAUGGGCUAUACAGUCCUACUCAGGCUAUUUGCUCAUUUCAGCGAAGCAGUUCUUCUACUCGUAGUGUCACUGGGAGGAAGAGGGCACGUCCCACAAAUGGGGAAGAUAUUCUGAAGGGGAAUGGUCUCCCUAACGGAAUGAACAGCGGGGGGACUUCCCCUCAGGAGAUAGGAACACUCCUUCCUGUUAUGCUACCCCACGGAGGAGGAAGAAGAAGCGCCCCCCCAGUAAUCAUCCCAGAUGUGAAUACAUACGUUAAUAAUCAGAUAAACCGGAGAGGUGUACCCAAAGAUUUACUCACCUAUUCUGACGAGUUCGUAUGCGAAAUGAAUAACAACUAUGACAUUAUGAGUCUUUUUAUCGACCCUGGUAAUAAGCACAGCUGUUACGAUGAGUACCUCUACCGAACGUUGAAGGAUGUCUCUCCGUGUGGCGCGGCAACUGGGGGGGGGGACCACCCGAACAGGGCCCCCCUGAACAGGGCCCCUCUCAGCAAGGCCCCCCUGAACAAGGCCCCUCAGAACAAGACCCCCCUCAGCAAGCAUGCACCCAACGAGGCAGCAACCAACCGCUGUCAAAAUUUUCUCUACAAAUACAACAUGAAGGUUAUCAAUAGCGACACGCAGUAUAGGAAUUUUUUUUCGGACGAGUCGAACCAGAGCUACCUAAAUUCGCUGGAACACAACUUAUGGAUUAAGAGGCAACGUAGAUUUGAGGAGAAAGACCGGAGGAGGGAGGAACAGCUCAAAGAGACCUUCUUUAAUGAGUAUAACUUAUUAAAAAAUAAUCGAACCCCUUUGUUUGGGUCGAACCUGCUAAGCUUACUUCGGCGUGAGUUCUCGGGGGAUGGGUUUGUGCCUUACCACUCGAGCAACAAUCUGUGCGUGGACUUUUCGCUCAUGCGGGAGGUGCGCGCAGCGGACGUCGGGGGGGUGGUGACUUCGGCAGGUGCGGGGGGCGCGGUGGAUUCGGCGGGUGCGGGGGGCGCGGUGGAUUCGGCGGGUGCGAGUGGCGCGGUGGAUUCGGCAGGUGCGCGCGACGCGGCCAAUUCGGCAGACGCUUAUGACACGAUCAAUUCGGCAGACGCUUAUGACACGGCCAAUUCGGCAGACGCCUAUGCCACGGUGGGCGCUGCCGACGCAGCUGGCUCGGCCGCCCUCGAGACGCUGUUCCCCACCAUGGAAGUCUUCCUAAAGACCCACCAACGCGAAAUACACAACUUCACCGUGAUGAACACGCCAGCCGUCAUCUGCAGCAGCCACAAAAUUGCCAUCAACAAUAAUCUAUUACAGAAUUGGAGUCACUUAGAACCCAUUCUCCACAGAAUCAAAGUAGCCACGAGAGUGUAUCAUGAAGCCUUCCACAAGCAAUCUAUUAUCUUCCCCCUAAAUAAAGACAUAACGUUGGGAAGCGGAAAAUUAUUCGCCUUGGAAAAAUUAUUGAAUAAAUGCAAAAGGGAAGGAAAUAAAUGCCUACUCUUCACUCAGUUCAUCAAAAUGCUUGACAUAUUAGAGGUCUUCCUGAAUCACCUCAACUAUACGUUCAUCAGACUAGACGGAUCAACCAAAGUGGAACAAAGACAAAAAAUCGUAACCAAGUUCAAUAAUGAUAAGUCCAUUUUUUUAUUUAUAUCAUCUACACGUAGUGGCAGUAUAGGAAUAAACCUAACAGCAGCUAAUGUUGUCAUUUUCUAUGACACUGAUUGGAAUCCGUCAAUCGAUAAACAGGCUAUGGAUAGAUGCCAUCGAAUUGGACAGACCAAAGAUGUACAUGUUUUCAGAUUUGUCUCGGAAUACACUGUGGAGGAAAAUAUUUGGAAGAAACAGCUUCAGAAGAGGAAGCUAGACACCAUUUGCAUAAGUAUGGGUAACUUUAGUAACCUGAACAGUCAGUCGCUCCUCCUGGGUGGUGGGGGUACUUCCGUCGGUGGGGAGAAGAACAACCCUUCCAAUGACAGUAAAGACACUCAUCGGAAUGUCCCGCCAACUAUUGCAGAGGUGUUGAAUGGGGGGGGAAACGCGAUGCAUAAUAACGAUUCAGCAAGCAAAGACUGGUUUGCUAAUGCUGAUACGAUUAAAGAGAUAUUUAUUAACAAAAGGAAUAACGAUGAGGACGAGGAUAUUUACAAGGACAGACUAUUGCAUGAACAGAUGGAUGAGUCGGAGAAAACGAAUAUACGCUUCGAGAAGACUUUAGAGCACGUGGAGGACAAGGAUGACAUCAACGCUCUUCACGAAAACAAGAAGGAGACACUACACGCCAUUUCACAGGACCUCCAGGAAUUCACCAACAAAAAUUACUUCCAAGACACGUAUACUCUCACGUCCUACUGCUUCAACUUUCUUAAUGAUAAUCUGACGGACAGCUUGAAGCAGCAGAUUGACGACAUGAAAAUGAAGAUCGAAAUUGAAAUGAUGAACGUGGAGGAGGGGGAGGGAGACGAGGAAGAGGAGGAAGAAGAGGAAGAGGAGGGGGAAGAGGAAGAAGAGGAAGAAGAGGAAGAAGAGGGAGAAGAGGAAGAAGAGGGAGAAGAGGAAGAUGGCGAGGGAGACGAAGAUGGCGAUAACGACGAUGACAACCCCACCCUCGACGAGGCGUCCCCUUCGUCGUCUACAGAAACGGACGGUUUGCACGGGGAGUGA